AUGUUGCUCGUUUCUCACGAGUACGUGCCCAUCCCCGGCCACUGGGCAAUCCUCGUAUCCCGAGACGUGACACAAGAAGGAACGCUAUUCAACACCCUGGGAAAUCACUUUCGUGGAUUCUACGUCGAUAUCAAGAAGAAUAUUUGCCCUAGUCCUGGUGAGGCCGUCAGCUCCUUCAUCUUGGGUUAUACCAACAAGUCGACACUUGCGCGAAUGGAGGAGAUUGCCAACUCGACCCCCGAACCGGCUCCUGAUUGUCAGACUUGGGCGAAGUGGUUUGCUCAAAAGUUGGUUGAUGAGGGAAUCCUGGAGGCUUCGGCAAUGGAAAAGUUUGAGACGGCACCCAGAACCUAG